AUGACACUCUCCCUGCCAGCAGCCUUUGCGCAGAUUCCCCGCUAUCCACUACUCUAUCCCCAUCCCUCACCGAUCCAUCCUCUCCGCAUCCUAUCAUCCUAUCUCAACAGCAUCACCUGCGACCCCACCCCAAAGAGCCCAUUCAUAUCCCUCUUCGCUAAGCGCGAAGACCACUCCUCGCCGCUUGCCUGCGCAGGAAACAAAUACCGCAAGCUGGAGUACAUCGUCCCGGACAUUCUCGCCCCGCACAGACAGCGCAAUGGCACCCCACCAACCCUUGUCACCGAGGGCGCCAUCCAGAGCAACCACACUGUCCAAGUUGCGGCGGUAGCCAACCGGCUCGGCCUCGACGCUAUUGUUGUCUUACACAAAGGCACAGGUGGCGGGCUAGCCGCGGCGACUGACAAGGCGUCGUUUCUACGCACGGGAAACGUGCAGGUUGUUCGCCUCCUGGGGGCGGAGGUCAGGGUUCUUGAAGCGCCGGUGGCGGGGAAGGAGGACGAGGAUCCGAUCUCCGGGAUUCUGGAGGAGCUGCACAAGCAGGGAAAGGCGCCGUACUGGAUCCCGUCGGGGGCGAGUCUGCAUCCCCUGGGUGGGCUGGGGUAUGCGCGAGGUGCGUUUGAGAUUGCAGCGCAGGAGCGGGAACAAGAGCUGAAGGGCAGCGGUCGCUUCGACUAUAUCUUUGUGGCUUGUGGCAGUGGUAGUACCGUGGGAGGCUUGAUUGCAGGGUUCAAGCUGCUGGAUAAGAUGGAAGAAGGAAAGCGGACGGAUGUACAGCCUCGGAAGGUGAUUGGGAUCCUGAAUUCGCCUACUCAGCCACAGGAGUAUCACGAGGGGCGAGCGCUUAAGUUUGCGCGGCGGACUGCUGGCCUCAUUGGAUUGGAUGAACAGGAUAUUUCGAUGGCUGAUGUGCGCCUUGACGAUCGACUUGUGGGGACCGCAUACGGUGUUCUAGACACGCAGACUAACGAGGCGAUGGAGCUAAUGGCAAGGAAGGAGGGCGUGGUGCUCGACCCCGUGUACACGGCAAAGGUGAUACGAGGACUCUCGCACUGGGUGCAUCAUGGGGAUCUUGUUAGAGACUGGUCUCUGCAAAGGAAGCUUUCUGAAGAUCCUAAUCAACUGAAUGCGCUGUUCAUACAUACUGGAGGACAGGCAGCCUUGUGUGCUUACGCAAACACAGACAGCUCGCCGGGGAUAUGA